UUUUUUUUUUUUUAAAAAAAAAAAAUGAGAUUAGUAAACUAUUUUCGAUUUUUGAAUUUCAAAAAAAAUAAUAAAAAAAAUUCUUGCCAUCUUCAUUAUUUUCAUAAAUUAUCACUAGCAAACAAUAUUAUUAAUAAAUCUGCAUCAUCCUCAUUAUUAUUUCGAAAUCCUAUCCAAUCGAAUAAAUAUCAAUCAAAAAGUGAUUCGGUUUAUUCUUAUUCUACAACAACUUCUGGAUUAUUCAUCAAAGAGAUAAUAAAUAAUCCAACUUCUCUUUCUAUAAAAUGGUCAAAUUCAAAUUCUUUUACAAAAUUUAAUUAUAUUUGGUUACGUGAUAAUUGUCAGUGUCCUCUAUGUAUUCAUCCUGAUAAUCGUCAGAAACUAUUUUCAAGUUCGGAAGUUCCUAUUGAUAUAAAACCACUUUCAAUCGGUUCCAAUUCAGAUAAACUUAUAAUCGUUUGGGAUAAAGGAUUACAAUCUAUAACUUACAAGAAUCAUGCUAACAAUAAUUCUGUACAUAAACCUCAUGAGAGUACAUAUCCAAUUUCAUUCCUUCACUCAUAUUCUACAAAACAAAAUAUUUCAAAGUUACGUUAUAAUCAUUUAAAACCAGUAUUAUGGGAUCGUUCAUCUCUUCUCAAAUCUUCUCAAAAUCUUUGGACUACUUAUUAUGAUUAUAUGAAAUCAAAUAAAAAUUUACUUGAUACUUUAAAACAAAUUUGGGAUUAUGGUUUAGUAAUUGUUAAAAAUGUUCCUAUUAAUGAUGAUGAUAAAGGAAUUAUAAGUGUUGCUGAAAGAAUUGGAACUAUUAAGUCUACUUUUUAUGGCAAACUAUUUGAUGUUGAAUCUAAACCUGCUGCUAAUAAUAUUGCUUAUACUGAUUUACAUUUAGGUUUACAUAUGGACUUAUUGUAUUAUGAUGCACCACCUGGAUUACAAUUUUUGCAUUGUAUAAAAAAUUCAGUUACGGGUGGUCAAAGUAUUUUCUCAGAUUCAUUCAAAGCUAUUAAUAACUUAAAACUUACAAAUCCAAAUUAUUUUAAUAUUUUAACAAAAUUUCCUUUAACAUUUCAUUAUAAGAAUAAUGGUCAUCAUAUGCAUUAUAAUCGUCCCGCUAUUGUAAUAGAUGAUUAUAAUGAUACUUUAGUUGUUAAUUAUUCUCCUCCUUUUCAAGGCCCUAUUGAAUUUAACUUAGAUGAUGAAAUUAAUUUAACUGAAUUUUAUAAGGCUUAUCAACAAUUUUGUAUUUGUAUUGAAGAUCCUUCUUUGAUAUUUGAAUUAACUUUAAAACCUGGUGAUUUGGCUAUUUUUGCUAAUAGACGUGUUUUACAUGGAAGAAAAUCAUUUGAUUCUCGUAGUGGUCAAAGGCAUCUUAAAGGUACUUAUAUAGAAUAUAGCGAAUUUAAAGAUAGAUUUACGAUAUUAAUGGAUAAGUAUAAUAAUAAUAAUCUAUAAUUUAAAUAGUAAUAACUUAAUUCCUUUUUUUUUUUCUUAUUUAUACGAGGUU